AUGGGACCCACUAUGGGGGCCUCCCUCCGGAAAAUGGUGAAGAAAAUUGAAAUCAGCCAUUACGCCAAGUACACUUGCUCCUUCCGUGGCAAAACCAAGAUGAAACAAUGGGCUGUGGGCAUCUGGCACUGUGGUUCCUGCAUGAAGACUGUGACUGGAGGGGCCUGGACCUACAACCCCACUUCUGCUGUCACAGCCACGUCUGCUGUCAGACGUGACUGAAGGAACUGAAGGACCAGCAGAAGCCCUGUCAUUUGAGACAUCCCUGGCCUGCAAUAAAUGGGUUAAGUUAUGUAACAAA